ACUCCAGGGUUUCCCGCGCCUUGCAGUAAGAGGACCUGAACUCCUACCGAGCAGCAACCCGCGAACAUGGCUGGCAUCCUGGACGUCCCAAAGCCCAGAAUAAACUGCUCCAUGCUGUCCCGGUUCAUCAACCGAGCCGUCUGCUUCGUCGGGCGGGUGGAAAAGGUUCAUCCUUCUGGGAAAAUGUUCACCGUGGUGGACGGAGAGAGUAAGACCGCCACAGUGGAGCUGAACGAACCGCUUGAAGAAGAGCUGAGUGGAAUGGUGGAGGUUAUUGGGAUGGUGUCCAACAAAGGAGACAUAAUGGCCAGCACAUACAACACCCUGAGGGAGGACAGGGGCGUCCCCUUCGAUUUAGAGCUGUACAACGAAGCGCUGAAGGUCAUCCACGACUUCCCCCAGCACUACCCCUUCCAGGUGGCUGCCAGUGGAUGAGCCAGGCUGGGAGAAGAUGGUGUGUUUGUGUUUCAUUGUACAAAGGUUUCUGCAAUAAAAUGUAAAUGAUGUUACAGAAA